AUGGGUUGCCGCCCUCAGUCAGGGGAAAGGAAGCCAAAGCUGGGCACAGCAAGAUCCCAUGAGCAGCAGAGGACUCCCUGGCGGAUUGUGGAUGACUGCGGAGGUGCUUUCACAAUGGGUGCAAUCGGAGGUGGAAUAUUCCAGUCCAUUAAAGGCUUCCGGAAUGCCCCAGUGGGUGUCCGGCAUAGACUGAGGGGGAGUGUGAACGCAGUGAGGGUCCGAGCUCCUCAGAUAGGCGGUAGCUUUGCUGUGUGGGGUGGCCUGUUCUCCACCAUCGACCUGUUAUUUCUCUCCCUCUCUCCCUCCCUCCCUCGCGCAGGUGGUCCUCUUGCUAUGGUGGGCUCAGCGAUGAUGGGAGGAAUUCUUCUCGCUCUCAUCGAAGGAGUUGGGAUCUUGCUGACCAGAUACACUGCCCAGCAGUUCCAGAACCCGAGCCCUACCUUGGAGGAUCCCAGCCAGCUCCCACCGAAGGAUGCUUCUGCCUCGUUCCGGGGUUACGGCCAGUACCAGUGACGGGAGGGGGGGAGUAGGAGGGUGUGUGCUUAUCCCACACAGAGAUACAUAGAGAGAGAGAGAGAGAGAGCACCCAGCGCUUGAUCCAACUCUCUCUAGCCUAGCGAUCCGUGCCCGCUUCCACAAGCCGACUGUCUCCCGAAAGCUUCACUGUGAAUCGAGCCUUUGUGAAUUGGACUUCUACUGAGCCCAUGGUGACUGUCGAAUCUGGGGAGGGAAGGGGCGAGCCCGGAAUAAAGUCUGUCUGUUUGAUUUGUGA